UUCAUAUCGGAUAGUCCUAUCUGUAAUAGCUCUGUCACAAUGAGUGACCGUAGUUCGCGUUCGCGUGAUAAACGUAAGUCUCAGCGGUCACACAAAAGUGACAAACAUAAGUCGCGUUCUCGGCAAGUUCAGCAAGAGGACAAGAAACGCGAGCGUGUUAAGAAGAUAACGCCGCGUGAAUUCAGGGCAAGUACUGCCCCGCCGGCGCCACCACGUGGUGCAAAAUCCAACAUGCCCGCACAUGUUCGUGACCCAGCUGCCGUCCCCCCUGUUACAAGCCUGGCGGAGUUUAAGCGCCGUAUGGCUGCUCUCCCGGCAGCACAGGGGAGUUCUACGCUCCAUGGCAGCGAGUUUUCUCUUAGGGAUUCCGAGCGGGAGCUUUCGUCCGGGCAUGUUCAUGAGCAUGAGGAAAAUUUUCCAGAAAAUAUGGCGGAGUUCCGUGCUAUGCUAGGGGUCAACACCCUACAAGAAGAUCAAAAUUCUCUCCGUGCGGCCUUCGGCCUUAUGACUGAAGAAUUUCGGGGAGUUAAAGAAAUUCUUGGCUCCAUUGCGGCUUCCGUAGGCUCAAAGAGGCCUUCGGUGCCACCCUCAGAGGCGGAGUCGGUUCGUUCGAAACGGGCUCGUACGGGCGACAGCGGCGAGGAGUCGGACUUCUCCUCGGUCAGCGUUGAGUCUUUCGUGCCGCUGCAGCGUGAGCCGCCCGACCCGGAUAAAGUGUGGACGGCCCGCCCGUCGGUUGUUAGUUACACCGAGCAGUACUUCGGGUUAGAGAAGCGUGAAUUUGCCGAUAUUAAACAUUGGCAGGGUAAAUUCCUUCUCCCACAAAUGCACCUAAAAAUCUCACGGUGCCGAAGCUCGAUAACGCUACGAUGAAAUUACUGCCGGCGGUUGACCCGAUCAGAGGUAAGCAUUGUAUCAAUGCGGACAAGCCGCUUUUCACUUUCCGAGAGUCUGAAAUUUCGGAUGGAGUUACCAGAGUGCUCCUGGCAUCCUGGAGACCGAGAACCAGUGGGUUAUACUCGUCCUCCUGGCGGAGAUGGUCUCGCUGGUGUGGUGGAAAAAGUCUUGAUCCCAU